AACGCUUCGCUUCGUUUUAAGUAUAGCACCGGCACCGGCACAUGUUGCAUACUUAACCUAAACUGGAUCAUCCAAUGAUAAAUAAAGUUUUGAUGUUCGCGUGAAAAUCACGGAUUCAUUUUUCCCAAUUUACAUCUUCAAUGAUUAUUAGAUGCGUGAAUGUGAAGCUGGCGUGCAGUUGCAUUUAAUGGCAUUCAUUAUUGCGUGGUAGUUCGUCCCAUAUUAGUGAUACAAUAAUGUCUGGAGGGGAAUCAUCGACAGUACCGCUGGAAGGUGUAUCGGAAGGGAUCGCUGCGGAUGCGGACGGCCAUGGCCAGAGUGUUGACGAACUUAGUCGUUCGUUGCAGAGGUUCAACUGGCCGGAUUAUUUGGUGUUUGUGCUAAUGUUGGUCAGUUGCAUUUUUAUUGGAAUUUUCUUCGGCUAUAAAGAUCAUCUGAAGCAUAAGAAUCGAAAGACGGCUAGAAGAGACUCCGAAGCUCUGGAUUAUUUGGUCGGUGGAAGAAAAAUGAAAAUAUUUCCGGUGGCGGUUUCCCUGGUGGCGAGUUGGAUAUCUGGGAUAUCACUUCUUGGGACAUCGACAGAAAUUUAUGUCUACGGCACACAAUACUGUUACAUUGUGUUUGCCAUCGUUCUCAUGGGAUUUCUGAUGCAUUACAUAUUUCUGCCCGUAUUCCACGAUCUACAAAUUACGUCAGCAUAUGAGUACUUGCAGUUGCGGUUCGACAAAAGGAUGAGAAUAUUUGGUUCUGUGCUUUUUAUGGUGGCUUGCCUUUUAUGGAUGCCCAUUGUGAUUUAUGUACCAGCUCUUGCGUUUAAUCAAGUAACUGGAAUCAAUAUCCAUACGAUAACUCCAAUUGUAUGCUUGAUAUGCAUAUUUUACACAAGUGUGGGUGGCAUGAAGGCAGUUGUCUGGACGGAUGUGGUUCAAUCCGGUGUAACACUGGGCGCUCUGUUGGCGGUUUUCGUAAAAGGUACCAUAGACAUCGGAGGACCGGCCGUAAUUUGGGAACGCAAUUGGAAACACAGCCGAAUUGAGCCACCAAAUUUUGAUCCAGAUCCUACGCUGCGCCAUUCGGUGUGGACGUUGUUUGUGGGCGGAACUGUUUGGUAUACAUACGGAGUUUCUUGCAGUCAGGAUAUGAUUCAACGGUAUCUGUCGUUGCCAACGCUCAGGGAUGCAAGGAAGGCAUCUAGGGGAUUUAUUUUUGGAAUGAUUUUGGUUCUCACAAUUUUAUUCGCGCUUGGAUUACUGAUUUUUGCUACGUAUUAUGAGUGCGAUCCCUUAUCCACUAAUUUAGCGAAAGCUAAGGACCAACUGUUGCCUCUGUUUGUAAUGGAUAUAUUUCAAGAGUAUCCUGGAGCAGCUGGUGUGUUUGUAGCAGGGAUUUUCAGUGCGGCCCUCAGUUCACUAUCGUCUGCUCUGAAUGCUUUGGCCGCAAUAGCAUAUGAAGAUUUUUGUAAACCUUAUUUUGUAUCGCUAUCGGAAACACAAAUAGGGUACAUAUUGCGAGGAUCUGUUCUGGUGUUUGGAGCGAUAUCCGUGAUUUUUAUUUACAUUGUUGAACAUUUAGGAGCAGUAAUGCAGCUGACGAUGACGCUUAGCUCUACUGCAGGAGGGCCACUUUUCGGGUUAUUCGUGAUGGGUAUUCUCAUGCCAUGGGUGAAUGCAACGGGUGCGCUGUAUGGCGGAAUAGCUGGACUAUUAUCAAUGUGUUAUAUGUGUUUCAGAUCACAAGCAUCUAUAGCGACCGGUGAGGUGAUCUAUAGAACCAAAGAAGUAAUCACCUCUGGGUGUCAUUAUCAAUUUGUUAACGUUACUAAACCAGAUCCAACGUUCGAUGAUAUGGAAAAAUCUCUUCAUCACAUUUCCUAUUUAUAUUUCACACUUUUCGGGACGAUUGUUUCUUGUACCGUCGGCACUUUAACCAGUGUAGUGAAAAGGAAAACAACGUCCGAAAAAAUUGAUCCACAACUAUUGGCUCCCUUCAUAAGGAAUUUUCUUGCAGAGCAGACACAACGUGAUGAAGAGUUUCCACUAAGUUGUACGACAAUAAAAAAUGAUAUAAACAUAAACAUACAUCAGCCGGAAUAACUAGUCGUAGAUAAGCCAAAAAAUACUUAAAAGUGGUUUCAACAUUUUAGUCAAUUGGUUUAAGAUUUAUGUAAUAAAUUAAACGCUACUCACUACAUUUCCGGUAUAGUUCCUCUCAUUUUAUGUGUUUAGAGAUUAAAUAGUUAACGAAAAAACUAGAAGAGACCGAGUCUAGAGCCACGGACGUAAGUUUGACGUAGGACUGGAUUUUUUUUCAUCCCAUUUAUUUAUUUAAUUAGGCUCAUUAAUGUUGUAGCUGUAACAGAGCCGGUUUUUAAUCGUGAACAUGUUACAUGUUAUGGUUUCCAUAAAUUGUAAAUUACACAGUAGUCGUAAGAGUAUUGUUUCUUUUUUCCAUUGUUCAGCAGAGACAGGUGAUAUGAUCAUUGUUGUGUUAUUAACCCUUCCGUACUCGCGUGCAAAAUCAUAACACGUAUACUCGCGCACGGUGUCACAGACCGAAAAUUGAACUUCUCUGUAAUGUUGCCAUUGUCUAUUUUUCAGGUUUGUGUUUCAAUGUUUGAUACUCCAACACAAAUAACGAAAUUCGAAUUUUUCACUGUUAUUAAUCAGAAGUAAGGAACUGAAUAUAAUUCAUGGAAGUAUAAAGAGCUGUAAAAUAACAUAAAAACGUAUUAAUCGAUUGUGGUUUCUACAAUGGUCCAGGAGAUGCAUUUAAGUGGAAAUUAGCAUUUAGAACUUGACAGUUAUUCUCUAGACAAAAACUGUCUUAGACAAAGUUGUUAAAAAUAGGGUGACCAAAAUUGUCGAUGAAAUAAAAAGUCUAACUUUCUUAUCUUUAUAGAUAGAGGUGAAUAUAGUUCGACAAUAUUGUAGCUCCAAUUAUUUGAGACAUCUUUGUAGAGCAAAGUUUUUCUCUAUCUCUUGAAAUAACCGA